GGAACCAAAUCCCUCGGUACGAUUUUGUGAAGAACCCAAGAAAGCAAAGCACUUUGGAUGGGAAAUUCUGCGGUGUUCUUCUGAGGUCAGUGUGAGCCGACCGCAGCCCUGUCUGUCGCCAUCUCUGUCUCCGUUGUCUCUGCCUCCCUCCUCCCGCUUAAUCUGCUCAGUCCCCUCUCCAACAAUCAAAACCCCUCUCUGAUCAAUUCCCCGCCGAGCUCAGGGUCUCUGUGGGUCUUUCUGUAGCAACCAUUUAACGCAGUUCUCCCCGUCUCGUCCCCUACCGUUCGUCGCACUUGUGGCCGGAGAACACCCCGUCGUGCUUGUGUGCGUCAAAGCUCAACCCUUUUGGAGCAAGGAGGCCAUGUCAUGUUUCCGUCACGGAUGAUUAACGACGAACUAUAUUGUUAGACGGAAUGAACUUAGUAUCUCUUGGCGGUUAAGACAGGCGGCGCCGCCAACAAUGACGGCGCCAACGGAUGUGCUCCUCUGUGUCGGUGUGUUCUGCGUAAUUGGCGUUGCUUGCCGGCACCUUCUCGGUUCCACGCGUGUGCCCUACACUGUGGCGUUGCUCAUCCUCAGCAUCGCAAUCGGCUGCUUAGAGUUUGGUACUACCUUGCAUUUAGGAAAGUUUGGAGAUGGCAUCAGACUCUGUGCCAAAAUUGAUCCAGACCUCCUGUUGGCUGUCUUUCUUCCUCCUCUUCUGUUUGAGGGCUCAUUCUCAAUGGAAGUGCAGCAGAUCAAGAAAUGCAUGGUACAAAUGCUUCUUCUUGCAGGCCCGGGUGUUAUCAUUUCCACCUUUUGCAUUGGAUCUGCUUUGAAGCUCACUCUUCCCUAUGAAUGGAGUUGGCAAACAUCUCUCCUACUGGGGGCAGUUCUCAGUGCCACGGAUCCAGUGGCUGUUGUUGCUUUGUUGAAAGAUCUGAGGACAAGCAAGAAAAUGAGUACAAUUAUUGAGGGAGAAUCAAUGAUGAACGAUGGGGCGUCCAUCGUGGUAUAUCGCCUAUUCUACAACAUGAUGCUUGGGAAGCAUUUUAACUGGGAAGCAAUAGGAAAGUAUUUAACUAUAGCAACAUCAGGAGCGCUUGGCAUAGGUAUUGCUUUUGGGAUUGCUACCAUUCUGUGUCUAGAUUUUGUAUUCAACGAUCCCAUGAUAAAUCUGUCACUAACACUAGCUGGGAGCUACAUUGCGUACUUCGUUGCUCAGGAAGGUGCUGAUGUUUCGGGGAUCCUGACAGUGGUCUCUUUUGGAAUGUUUAUGGCAGUGGUUGCCAGGACUACUUUCACAUCUCAUGCUCGACGGAGCUUGAACCACUCCUGGGAAUUCAUAGCGUAUAUAGCCAACACGCUGAUUUUCAUCUUGAGUGGAAUUAUCAUGGCAGAAGGCAUCAUCAACUCUGACAAUCUAGAUAGAAGUGGAAGUUCGUGGGCUUACCUUGUUCUUGUUUAUGUUAUUGUGCAAUUAACUCGGGUGAUUAUUGUGGUCCUGCUGUAUCCUGCUCUACAAUAUUUUGGUUACGGUUUGAACUGCAAGGAGGCUACCCUGCUUGUAUGGUCUGGACUGAGAGGAGCUGUGGGACUAGCAAUGGCCCUCUCUGUCAAAAACGCAAGCCGUGACUCAUUAGCCUUAACUUCGGAAACAGGAUCGCUGAUCCUUUUUUUCACUGUUGGCACUGUGUUUUUGACACUCGUUGUAAAUGGAUCGACUGCACAGUUCUUGCUGAGUCUUCUAGGAAUGGAUGAGUUGUCCCAUGUGGAGAAACUCGUGCUGGACUAUGCAAAGUACAAACUGAGGAACAAGUAUCUACAAGCUCAAGAAAUUCUCCAUCUUCAAGAUUGUGACUUGGAGUCAAUUAAUCACCUUAGUGUAGAAAAUUUUAUGCAGCCUCCUACUUUCUCGUCAUCACACAAAAGCUUGGACCAAUUGAAUUUACUGGCUACAAGAGAGCACCUAUUAAAUGCUGUGCGGGCUGCUUAUUGGAGGAUGCUCGAUGAUGGAAGUCUAAGUGGAGUGCCAGCAAGUUUCUUGAUGAGCUCAGUAGAUGAGGCAACUGAUGCAGUUCCUCAGGAGCCACUGUGUGAUUGGAGAAGCUUGAAAGUAUUUAUUGAUUUUCGAACUUGUGAUAAGGUUUUUAACAUGGGUAUUUUCCCUCGAUGGCUAGUGACCUUUCUUGCAAUGAAAAGGCUGCAAUUUGCAUGCUACAUAUGUGUUGCUUUUCUACGCGCCCACAGAAGUGCAAGAAGAAAACUGGGUGAUUUCAUGGGUGAGACAGAGAUCGUGUCGAUAGUACUAAAUGAAAGUGAGGCUGAGGAGAGAGAAGCGGCAAAGCUCUUGGAAGAAAUCUGUCUCGCAUUUCCCCAGGUUUUAGGUUCCGUGAGAAUGACUCAAGUGGUGUGCUCGAUGCUCCAUGUUUUGAAGGAUUACAUUCAAAAUCUUGAGGUGGAAGGCUUACUUGAAGAAAAGCUUGGGAUUAUUCUUCAUGAUCUUCUUAUGAGUGGUUUUAAGAAACCAUAUGACAAUACUUUGCUAGCAAAGAUUCCUAGGAUGCGGGAUGUGGUAAACGCCCAUCCUCUGCUUGGAAGGCUUCCAUCUGAGGUUCGUCAUGCUCUAGAAGGUUCGAUGAAACAAGUAAUAAAACCUCGAGACACGAUCCUUUGCGAAGAAGGUUCCAUGCCAAAGUCUUUAUGGCUCAUUCAAAAUGGUCUACUCAAGUGUGAAAUAAAGAAUUCAAAUAGCUCUCGCUCUGUAAUGAGAACUCCUGCAGAAGAACUUGUUCUGGGACUCUAUGAAAUACUCUCAGGAAAACCCUGCAUCUAUGAGAUAAGCACAGACUCAUUCGCACUUUGUUACGUUCUCGAAGCCAAAACUUUACUUCCACUCCUAAUGCACAAUCCUUCCUUGGAGAAUUUAUUCUGGCAGGAAAGUGUCAUCGUCUUAGCCAAAUUAUUGCUUCCCGAAGUGCUUGAGAAGUUAACAAUGCAAGGUUUUCGAGCUCUUAUCACAGAAAGGUUUUCGAUGAGCACUCAUGCCGGGGGAGAAACUAUGGUGAUCCCCGAGAAUUCGAUUGUAUUCUUAUUGGGAGGAGUUUUGACAAAUCAAGAGCUUCCUGGGGUUGUGAUUGAACCUCCAGCAGUACUGUUGGCUUCACAUCAAAGUUUGGCCUCUUCGAGUUCAGAAAUACCAGCUCCUUGGAGAUCCGGCUUUUGUCAUUAUGGAUAUCAAUAUCAGGUUGAGACGAUUGCAAGGACAGCCUAUAUCGAUACAUUGGGAUGGAGUCCGGGAAGUUCGGCUUCAUCACUGACGUACGGAGGAGGGAACAUGGCACUAGUGUAGUUGCUAAGGACUGAUAUGUGCAAUGAAUAUUUAGAGAAGACAUACAUUUUUCCAAUUAAUAUCGACA